AGCGAGAGAGGAUAAAAAGGCGGAGUACCUCAGCAUUUUCAGAGACACGCACGACCACCGUUUGAGCGAGUGAGUGAGUUCACAAUUUCAGAAACACUCUCUCACGCACAGUUUUCACACGCGAGGAACGAGAGCGAACACAAGUGUACUUUUUCCUUCUCACGUGUCUUGAUAAUAGUUGAUGUCCUUUUUCGUGAAGACCCGGUGUAUUUCUUUUCAAGCAACAAUAACAAUAUGUUUGGACACUCAGUGCGUGACGUUUUAUUGACUUGAUUCGUCUGUUACAAGCGGACGUCAGUAAAAAUACAUUCCGUGUAAUAUUAUUCAAAUUCACAGUGAACAACUCCACUUAAGAUUUACGACGUAUGCAAUACUAAAGUUUUUGUUAUAAUUAUCAACGGCUCAUUACAUUGUCUAAGAAGGUGUUCAACUUAUAAAGGAAGUGUAUUGUGAAUAUUCUCCAGCUGCAUAUUCUUCCCAAUCUCUUCAGAGUCCGGGUAUUUUAGCACAGACAUCUCGCCCAUGAGUGUCAUGAUAAUGGGCGUUCACCUGGAGGAGCCAACAUCCCCCGCCACGGACAGAUGGUCCGGCACAGUGACCAGCCCGGUCAAGAGCCAGUGGACAGACGAGGACCUGGACGCCUUCGUGCGACAGCUGUCCAACCCCCAGCACCAGGUCACCAAAAUUGGGUCAUCGUCCCACCAACACCAGCCCCAGCUGGACUCACCCAGGAAAUGCAGCCUCGACCUCUGCAGAGAGCUGAAGGACAGGGAUAGGGUUCGAGCCCCUCUGGCCAGAUCGGAGACGGACACGAGCGUGACGCUGGGGGAGCUCGCCUCCCCGACCUUUGAGAAGGGCGGCAGUUUCGGGAAGAUCUUCUCGACAGACAGCAGUAAAGAUGGAGGCUCUGCCAGCGGUAAAAGUGGCAGCGGCGGCGGAGGACUCAUCAGUGGUCUCAGUGGGCUGAGGCUAAUCAAGAACAAGAAACUCGUCCGAUCCUCACACGCGAACGCCAAAAAGUCGGCCACGCAGAAAUCUAGAGAGGAUGUGACGUCACCGUCACCGCCAUCGACGCGUCUGCAUGGAGCAGCUGCAGCAGCAGACGGACAAAACGAAAGUGAGGCUCGUGAUGUCACAUCCGCCGGCUCUGUGACCUUCACCUGCAGUUCAAGCCCCGAGGGGUCAGACGGAGAGGGAGGUAGUGCGGAGAGGAGGGUGCACGACAGUAGCAAAGACUAUAACACAAACGGCUCUGCCUGCGCCGCUGGGAAAGAUGCGGGGAAAAAGAGGCGUUUCCGAAAGAUGUUGUCACGCCCCCUCAAUAGAUCACAGAGCGCCGGGUGCGCAAAGGAUGUCCCUGCCCAUGCGCUGUUUAUGGAACAACAACGAAUGAAAAGCAAAGAUGCAGAGUCG